CCUUUGGAAUAUUACUGUGGGAGUUAGCUACGUAUGGAAUGUCUCCCUAUCCUGGGGUUGAAUUAACUGAUGUAUAUCACAUGCUAGAGUCAGGUUAUCGCAUGGAAUGCCCACCAGGUUGCCCACCUCGAGUUUAUGAAUUAAUGAGACAAUGUUGGCUGUGGGAGCCAUCAGAAAGACCAACAUUUGAAAAUAUUCAUCUUACAUUAGAAACCAUGUUUCAAAAUUCUAGUAUAACAGAAGAGGUUCAGAAGCAGCUUGAACGACAAAGUCCGUUCCUUCUGUAUAAACUGCAGCAAAGUGGGAGUUCUCCAGAUGUACACACACUUGUUGAAAAUUCUGAACAACAGAUUCCUGACCAAGGAACACGAGGUAGUGGAUCACCUGCCCAGCAAUUUAUCUUAUCUAGUCGAGGCAGUCUGGUCCAACUCAGAAGACCGGGGGCUCGCAGCAAGCAAGCUCCCUUACCACCAAAGAGAACUAGCUCUUUCCGAGAUAGCACAUGUCAAGACAGACCACCUGGUACUGAAGAAAAUACAGAGGGGGGUAGAGGAUCACAGAACAGUGUAGAAAGAAUGUUUGACUCUCCACAUAGAGAUUUGAGUGAGCCUAAUAGCAGUAACGGGGAAAGUGAAAGCGAUCUGCGAGAAAUAACUCCAGACACUGAAGACUCUGAAACACAUCCUGCUGGUUCUGUUGCCAGUGUUCCAAGUCGCUCUCAACUGGUUCAACAAAAAUUGAAAAAAACUAGGACUUACCCACCAAACAUCCAGCAACGAAUAAAAGAUAAUAGUCUGCCUCGAGGAAAAAUUCCUGAAGCUCAGAAAGUUCAAGUGGCAGCUCUCCAAGUUCAAAAUGUCAAAAGAGCCAUUAAUCGUUAUGGUACUUUGCCAAAAGGAGCACGAAUUGGGGCUUAUCUAGAGUCUCUCCGACAGCAUGGACUUCACGCAGGAACCCGUAUUCCUCCUGAUCCAGUUGCAGAAGGAGAUGGGGAUUCUUCAGCUGAACAAGUAGGAAACUCUUUCGAAUCUCACCCUCGUACAAAACAGUUUCUCAGACAUGUCAUGAAUAGAACAGGUUUGGGAGGGACUCUCCCUAUUAAACAGUUCAAAUCUUUUUCUCAAAAAAAUGAUUUGGAACAUAUGCAGCAUAAUUCUCAAUUAUUACUUCCAAGACAGAAGUCUGAUUUUGUCCAAAAUAUUGACUGGAGUCCACAAGAAACUAGCCCAGUUCCUGAAAUAAAGCAUCUUUCAUUUAAACCGGUAUCUUCCCCAAGAGUACCAAAAAAUUCCAAACCAGAAUGGAAGUCUUCCAGAGAAAGGGCAAUUCCGGGUUCUUCUGAAAUCUGGGAACAUUCAAAAGACGAAACUAAGAAUGUCAAAAAACAAAAUCAAGAUGAGAGUCAAGAAAACCCACCAAUCAUGACUUUUGGUAGCAGUCAUUUUAGAUUGACCUUGAAUAACAGAACAAAAUCAGAGCCAUUGAGUGUUCCUCAAAUUUCCAAACUCAAAGAUAGCACUGAAGACAUUGAUAAUCAACAAACAUUAGACUUUACGUCAAAUAAAACUAGUAGAUUUCCUUGUGGUAACAUGUCUAGUCCCAUACUCUGGUGUUCUGAGUUAAAUAUGGCCCCUGCACCUCAUGGAUUUGAUGACCCCUCCAACAAUCCAGAAGAACUUGAAGACCCAGACAUCCUCCCUUUGCCUCCCCCUCCUCCUCUGACUUACCAGGAUGAGUAUCCUCCUCCACCUGAUUUUGCUAAUGACUUGUUUGACCCAACUUCAGAAGAAUUUACUACGAAUAUACAAGAGCCUACUACAACUGUUACUAGUGUCAGUGAUGUUUCUUUUCACUCAAAGAUUCUUGUAGAUUCCUUAAAUGAAGAGAAUUCUAAUCCUGUUGAAGAUGGACCAUAUCAUGCAGAAAAUGCUAAUUUUUUCACAAGCCAAGGUAAAUCUCUCACAUACUCAGUAGCAGAAAAUUGUAUUGAUUCCUCUUUUGAAGAAGUAUCUUCUUCUGCAUUGAAUCCACUAUCUUCCAAUAUUCAACAGUCUGUAGUUAAAGAAUAUCCUAAAGAUUCUCAUGUUGAAGAUUUUACACCUGAUGUUCUCACUCCUGUAACUCCAGUAAUUGAGACAAAUUCUAUAUCUUCCAAGGUCGAGGAAAGUACAUUUUCUACAAGAAAUCCUGCUGAUCAGCUGGUUUCAGAACUAUUUGAGACAUUAAAAUUUAAGGCAAAAAGAAAAGAAAAUGAGACGGGUAAUGCGGCCCUACAGACAACAGAAGCAACAUUAGGCACAGAUGGUGCUAAAAAUCGGGAAAAAAAUGUUGAAAUUCUACAAACUGGAGUCAAAACAACUUGUAAAAACUCAGUACACCGAAUAAAAUCAGAAAAAGGAAGUGAAGGCAAUACUGAACCACAGAGUGACCUAGUAAAAAGAAUAAAUUAUGUUCUAGAAUCAAAGUUCACUAAUGAAAAUGCUGAUGGAACUACAGUACCACUGUGGCUGCACCAGUUGGAAAAAAGAGUAAGAGAAGAUUCCAAAAAUCUACAUUUUACAAGAUCAUCUCACAAAAAAGAAAAUGAGCAGAAAAUACCUCAAGAGGAUGUCACCCAGUGCUCUUUCACAGAAAGAGAAAAUGAAACAAGACCAUUUCAGGAAAUUUUAAGUAAGCAAGCUUUAAUAUGGAAAGAAAAAGAACCAUCUCUGGUGGGUGGAAGGAUCAAUAAAGAUAUUAACAUCUUGGAACAGAAAACCAAAGAACCUUUAUCUGUGAUAGAAGGUAAAGUUCAGAAAGGUAUAACCAUCUUGGAAGAGAAAGAACCAUCUCUGGUGGGUGGAAAGAUCAAUAAAGAUAUUAACAUCUUGGAACAGAAAACCAAAGAACCGUUAUCUGUGAUAGAAGGUAAAGUUCAGAAAGGUGUAACCAUCUUGGAAGAGAAAGAAAAAGGACCAUCAUUUGAGAUUGAUGGAAAUAUUGCAAAAGAUGUCAUUACCUUUGAAGAGAAAGAAUCAUCAUCUGAGAUUGAAGGGAAAGUUGGAAAAAGUGUUAGUAUCUUUGAAGAGAAAGACAAAAAACUAUCUACUAAUUUUGGUGGAAAGGUUGGGAAAGGUAUCACCAUCUUCGAAGAAAAAGAACCAUCACCUGAGAUUGAUGGGAAAGUUGAAAAAAGUGUAACUAUAUUUGAAAAGAAAGAUAAAGAAUCUACAGAUGUUAUUGGUGGGAAAUAUGAAAAGAGUAGCACCAAUUUGGAACAGAACAAUAAAGAACUAGCAUCUGUGAUUGCACAGGAGGUUGGAAAAAGUAUCCUUAUCUUUGAAGAAAAAGCUAUAAAACCUAUAUCUGAUGUUGUUAGAAGGGCUGAGAUAGAUGUUGCCAACUUUGAAGAGAAACCCAAAGAACCAUUACCUGAGGGUGGUGGGAAAAUUGUAAAAAAUCUUACCGUCUUAGAACAGAAAGACCAAGAAAUGUCAUCAUCUGUGGUUGGUGUGAAGCAUGAAAAAGAUGUUACGAGUAUAAUAACGAUUGAGAAGAAUUUAAGCGAGGAGGUUAACUACACAGAAAACAGCAAUCUGAAUGAACUUGGGAAACGAGAUUCUGGUAUCCAGGAAAUGUUCAAAAGCUUUGAAGGAAGUCCACAGGUUGAAGUUGUGUCAUCAGAAACCCCUAAAGAAAAGACACAGGAUAAAGAAAUUUAUUCUGAUGAGAAUGUGGAAAUAGAAUGUUAUGAUAACAAAAAAAAUUGUCUUCCAACAAAUUCUCUUUUUAAUAUGACUCUUGGUUCUGUGGAAAAAGAUAAAAAACUUCAAACGUUUUCUGGAACUUCUGAACAGAGCACUAACAUUGAUCUCAAACCAACAACUAAGGUAAAAAUAACUACUUUAAAUGAAGAUACAGUUCUUGCUUCCUCUUUGCCACAUGUCUUGAAACCUGUUCUUCCCAGUAAACCACUUAUGAAAUGCUCUAGACCAAUACUACCAUCUACAGGACCUGUUUCAAGGUCAAUUAGUUGUGGAAGUGUAAAAAUUCCACAGGUUCAAUUGAGAAGUGUAGCAGCUAAAGGAUCUAGAAACACAGAUGGAGAAUCAAACAGUAAUGAAAUUAGUGAACACUUAACUGAUACAGAGGUUGAAAAGAAAUCCAGCAAAGAAACCAUUUUUGAUAUUUCAGGUGAUGUUGAGAAGAACAUUCAAAAGCUGAAAGAUGUACAGACCCUUAGCAGUAGCAGUGUAAUGCACUUGUCCCAAAAAGUCCAACUGUUCCUGUCUUCUUGUAGCAGCUAUGCAGAGAGCAUUCCACCUCAUGGACGAUUCCGAUUCAGGGAGCUGCUUACGAAGCUGGAUCGUCAGGGGGAGCAGUUGCGUGCCUGUAGCAGCAACAGUAGUGCUUCGUGUGCUAAACUCUUCACGGACUUGGAAACCACUGUGAGAGACCUUGUUCAUACUGUGCAAAGAUGAACCAAAACAUCGUAGUAUUAUUGCCAUUGUAUAUAGACUUAUGUGAUAUUUAAAUGGGUAUGCUGGUCUUAGUGUUUUGUAAGAAAAGACAGUCAGGCAAGCAUAAGAUCAGGUACUGCCUAGUCUAGUCUUUGAUAUUACCAUAAAUGUUUUUAUUAUGAAUACAACUGAUUUUUUUUUUUUCAUUCUAAAGUCAGUGCUGUUGAACGAGACUGAGAUUUAAAAUAUCAAUCAAUUGGUUAGCGUUUCUAGCCAAUUGUUUUGAUUUUGUAACACACCAUGUGGGAAGGUGACUCAAUCUCAAACAUAGUCGUAGUCAUAAUAUUUCAAUUUGUGUUUCAUACAGGCAGAACAGUAAUGUUUUGUAAGGCAUUAAAAUAUUAUUUUAUAUAUUGCAUACUUCCUUCACUGUUAAGCAAUAUUGUUAAGAAUUAUUAAGCAUUUUAAUAUAGUAACUGGCUUUUUAUACAUGAACUAUGAUCUAAUAAAAGUUAUAAUUUUCCAAUGCUUAAAAUGCUAAUUUAUAUAGUUGUUAGUGAUCAAAAGUAAUAUGAUAAUAACUUCCUCAACCUCUUUUCAUACUUUUGUUAUAGAAGUGAAAAUUAUUAAGAACUAUUUGUCAUUUUCUGCACAAAAGAAAAAUUCAAGGUUUUUAAACACUUGAGUAAAUUUUUUUAUACUUUGUCAGGCAUAAAAGGAUGUGAGAAACUUUUACAUUUCUAGGGUGUUUUCAGUAAAUCAUUUUAAAGGGAAUAAUCCUCCCCCAAAUAUUUUUUAUCCUUUUUUCCCAUGUACAAUACUCUAGUUUCAAGAGGUACUAUUGACAAGAAGACUCCCACAAGAAUGAAGUUAGAGAGUGCUACAUUAGCAAAUGUGAAAGUCUUGAAAUUGAAUUUGACUUAAAUUGCACACACCAGCGUAUUGGUGUGUUCUUAUGGCUCUUUUUUUUUUAGUGUAAAUGUCAAU